AUGUCUAAAGGGAAGAUGAAUGCAGAUCUAGGACCUGCGUUAAAGCCCUUUGACGGCAAGGAUGACUUCAUGGAUUGGCAAAGGAUGAUGAAGAACGUACUGAUACAGCAAGAUUUGGAUGAUGCACUCAACGGUGAGAAGCCGACAGGCAUGACAGACGCAACAUGGACCAAGGUUCUCUAG